GGACAUCCCAACUGCAAUGCAAGAAACUUCUUUUUGUUUGUCCCAAUAUCUUUUUGUUUGUCCCAAUAGCAGUUAUUAUACAGGAAAAUGCUGACCUCAAAUGGUUUAUUUAUUAGAUGGUGGAAGAAAAAUGUUCAAGAAAGGCCGCUAAUGUCUAAGGAAGACUCAUGCUGAAGACUACAGGUUAAUGAAAAAAGUCGUAUUUGUCGUUUGUUCUUCGAUUUCUCAAUCAGUUAUCUCCUUGUAUCAUCUUACCUGCAACGAUAAAAGCAACCAAUACAAAACUUUAUCUAUCGAACUUUCAACAUGGCAUUUUCAGUUUCCAGUAUAAUGCUGUUUGCCCUGUUGUUUUUGUUACCACUCUCAGCCACAGGCCAGCCUUACACGAACGUUACUUUGGGUUCAUCAAUAACUGCAAACAAAGCAAUUUCCUCGUGGUUAUCGCCAUCUGGAGAAUUUGCUUUUAGCUUCCAGCAGAUCAUUCCAGGAGGUUACUUACUGGCCAUCUGGUUCAACAGAAUACCUGAAAGAACCAUUGUAUGGUCUGCCAAUCGUGAUAAUCUCGUACAAGAGGGAUCUAAAGUUCAACUAUUUGCAGAUGGAAGGUUUGAACUGAUAGAUCCUAGAGGCCAGCGCAUACUGCCUGUUGCUUUGCCUCGUGCUGGAGUUGCAUAUGGAGCCAUGCUUGACACUGGUAAUUUUGUGUUAGCAAACAAAAAUUCAGUAGUUUUGUGGCAGAGUUUUGAUGAGCCAACUGAUACAUUAUUACCAACACAGAUACUGAAAAAGGGUGACAUACUUAUUUCCAGCUUCUCUCAAACAAAUCAUUCGAGAGGAAGAUUCCUCUUUACAUUACAACCUGAUGGAAAUCUCUUGUCUUACACCAGAAACUUCCCCAUGGAUGGCAGCCGUUUUGCUUAUUGGUCAACACAAACCAUGGGGACUGGCUUCCAGGUGAUCUUCAACCAGUCUGGCUACAUCUUUCUGGUAGCAGAAAAUGGAAGUGUACUCAAUUUUGUGUCUUCAAAUGCAGCCUUGACUAGUCAGUUUUACCAGCGAGCAAUACUGGAAUAUGAUGGGGUUCUCAGGCAUUAUGUGUACCCCAAGUCUGCUAAUUCAGCAGGUGGGAGAGCGAUGGCAUGGUCUACUAUGGACUUCAUACCUUCUAAUAUAUGCCUGCGCAUAGAGGAAAACACAGGCAGCGGUGCUUGUGGUUUUAACAGUUUCUGCUAUAUGAGAACUGACCAAAUACCAGUGUGUGACUGUCCUACUGGUUACUCUGUCAUAGAUCCAAAUGACAGGAUGAGUGGAUGCAAACCAAAUUUUGCUCCACAAAAUUGCGAUGAAGAGGCACUUGAAACUGACCUUUUUAGUUUCUAUGACAUGCCCAACACAGAUUGGCCUGCCUCUGAUUAUGCAGAUUUUGAACAAGUCACAGAAGACUGGUGUCGACAGAUUUGCCUCAUUGAUUGUUUUUGUGCUGUUGCGAUUUAUAGAGACGGAAACUGUUCAAAGAGGAGAUAUCCUCUCUCCAACGGGAUGGUCGAUUCUGGUAUAGGAGGAAAAGCUUUAAUAAAAAUAAGGAAUACCAACUCAACUGUGCAGUACUCUGGCUCUAAGAAGUCAAACCGAUCCACUCUCAUCAUCAUCGGAUCAGUUUUCUUAGGCAGUUCCGUGUUUCUUAACUUAUUUGUACUUUUGUUGUAUGCUUUCUGUUUCAAUCGACAAAAAUCAAAGACGCUUCAUCCAUAUAAAGAUCUUCCGGGCCUGAACAUAAGAAGAUUCAGCUUCAAAGAGCUACAAGGAGCAACAGAUGGAUUCAAGGAGGAAUUGGGCAGGGGCGCUUGUUCAAUAGUAUACAAGGGGAUUCUUAAGAAUGACAAUAUUGAAACCGUAGCUGCUGUGAAAAAGUUGAAUAAGAUGGCUACAGAAGGGGAGCAAGAAUUUAAAGCGGAAGUAAGCUCAAUUAGCAGAACUAAUCACAAGAAUCUAGUUCAAUUGCUGGGAUAUUGUGAUGAGGGUCAGAACUGGCUUUUGGUAUAUGAAUACAUGAGCGAUGGCUCUUUAGCAAACUUUCUGUUUGAAAAUUCAAGGCCCAACUGGUAUAAAAGAAUGCAGAUUGCAUUUGCAACCGCUAGAGGUAUUUGCUAUUUGCAUGAAGAAUGUAACAAUCAAAUCAUACAUUGUGACAUUAAGCCUCAAAACGUGCUCUUGGACAAAUCCUUCAUGGCAAAAAUAUCGGACUUUGGAUUAGCCAAGCUUUUGAAACCAGAUCAAUCAAGAACCACCACUGGAAUAAGGGGAACCAAAGGGUAUGUCGCUCCAGAAUGGUUCAGAAACAUGCCGAUUACAGCCAAGGUUGAUGUUUACAGCUUCGGAAUCUUGUUGCUCGAGCUUAUCUGUUGCAGAAGAAAUUAUGAACCCAAUGUUGAGGUUGAGACCUAAAUGAUUCUUGCUGAUUUUGCUUAUGAUUGUUACAAGAAAGGAACAAUGCAUUUGUUAGUGGUAAAUGACGAGGAGGCACUAAACGACAAGCGAUUUGAGAAGUUUGUGAUGAUAGCAAUUUGGUGCAUUCAGGAGGAUCCAACAUUAAGGCCUACCAUGAAGAGAGUAAUGCAACUUAUGGAAGGAUCUGUUGAAGUCCCCAUUCCUCCAGAUCCAGCCUCCUUCAUCUCUUCAAUUUAAAAUUCUAAUUUUCUUUCACUGGCACCAGAUAUUUCAUUAAUGUAUAAUAAUUCGCAUUUUCUUCA